UAAAUAGUUGCACGGCGCAGUUCACAGCCACAGCAGCAGCAGCAGCAACAGUUUCCAGUCGUCAUCGGUCGUUGGCUGUUGGUUGUUGUCGUUGCCAUCGUUGUUGUCGUCGUCGUCGUCGUUGUCGUCGUCGUCGCAGCCGCCUUCGCCGUUGUCGUCGGCGUCGUUUUCGUGCUUUAUAGCAUUCACUCAGAAGUCGUUUAGAAUCGCUUGUCGUGGUCGGUAUUCGAUAUCGGAUUGUGCUGUCGGUGCCCAUUUGAAGCACACAAACAGCUAGCGUCAUCGUCGGCGUGGAUAACUUGGACGGGACGCGUACGCGCAAAACGUUUAACGCUAUAGCACAAGUGGUUCGCUCGGAUACGGUUAGCCGGGACGUACCAGAAACAGAAGGAGCGGAGCAUAUUUUGACGUUGACGUAUCUAAAGUCAAAUUCAAUUUACGCGCCGGCCUAUUAUAAACGUAAUUAUAAUGAGGCACUGGCUAUUAAAAUAGAACGAACAAACGUAGCGACCCCCUCAGAGUCUCACAGUGUACUAUUUUAAUUAAGUGUGUUGCAACAACAACAAGAACAACAACAACAACAGCAGCAAAGAGCAAAGAGAGCCAUGGCAGUCACGCAUGUGUAAAACAACAGCGACGCAAAAGGUUUUAGUGAAAACUCGCCUAUCAAAAGGAUAUGUGAAACAGCGACGACAACAAAACGUGACCUUUCAAAACAAAGCUAUUAAUAGCUAGAAAAAAAUAAAAUACAAAAACAAAAGACAAAAAAAAUAAAAAAUAAUCAAACUGCCCACAAGGAAAAACAUUUAAUUGGAUUUCAGUUUCGCCUUGGCUUUUCGGAUACAAUUAACCGUUUGGCGCUGAGCCAUCACGCCCACUUAAGAGCCAAUUAGCUGCGCCCUAAAUGAUGCCCGAAACUGAACGCGAUUCGUUGGUAGCAGCAGAAAUGAUCAGCGGCGCCUUGGCGCAUGGUUAUGGCAUAGUCGUCGACAAACAGCAACAACAUCAGCAACUGCAGCAGCAGCAGCAACAGCAACUGCAAUUACAACAAAAGCAGCUGCAUUCAGAUUCAAUUCACACCGGCGGCGGCGCAUCAGCCACAGCUUACAAUAUGGCCAUCAAUUCGUAUGUCUACAGCAGCUCAUUGACUAUACCGCCCUCGGCGGCAUCAAUGGUCAGUCCCAGCAGCAAGGAGAAGCUGGUUAAUAUGCUGCGCGUGCGCGAUAACAACAACAGCAAUGGCAGCAAUAGUGUCAGUCCCAUCUCCGCUGCCAGUUCACCCACAACGUUUCUACAGAAGCAGCUGGAGGCACCACCCAGUCGUCAAACGGCUCCCCGAGAACAGCAACAACAACAGCAUCAGCAGCAGCGACGCUCCAUAACACCCUUUCCCACCAACUUGGCCACUUCGACAUCCAACCAUACAGCUAGCUGGCAUGCUCAUGUAUAUGCGCGUCCGCCCAAUCGACCCACACCCCACUAUAUUGCAGACAUACUGGGCAUGGCCAUGGCCGAUAAAAUUGUGUACGAGGGCGCUGCAGCAGCCGCUGCGGCUGCAGCCGCAUCUACAGUCACCGCCAACAGUUCGGCCACUUCACCAAAGAGCAUUCUGCGCAACAUUGAGCAGCAGUACGCGCAGCAGCCCCAGGAGCAGGAACAGCGCACACAUCGCAGCGCUUCAAUGAGCGAUGUCAGCGAGGAGGAAAGCGCAGUCAACGUCAACUCCACAGCAGCAGCAGCGGCGGCAGCAACAGCAACUGUCACAGAGACAGCCCCGCUCGAUCAGCCAUUGAAUCUGUGUGUGGCCAAAAAAUCGCGCGACAGCAACACCUCGCCACCCAUGCCGGCGGCCAGGCAAAACCAACUCUUGGGAAAGACAAGCGCCAAGAAGGAGCACUCGGGCAAGCCGGCAUCAAAAAAGAAGAAACUGUCGGUCGAUCUGCCGCCAGCCAUUAGUCCCACGGGCAGCAGCGACAGUUUAAUGCGGGAUAAGCUGCUGGCUAAUAACAGUUCGCCGAACAGCACAGCCCAUGCCGCCCAGCCGCAGAGCAACAAUAGCAACCUGGAGACUACCGAGGAUGACUCUGACUCAGGUUCGACCGACGCGCGUCGCAAGAAGAAGGCACGAACUACCUUUACGGGCCGCCAAAUUUUUGAACUGGAAAAGCAGUUCGAGGUUAAAAAGUAUCUCAGCUCCAGCGAACGCACCGAAAUGGCCAAGCUACUGAUGGUGACCGAAACGCAGGUAAAAAUAUGGUUUCAAAAUCGACGCACAAAGUGGAAGAAGCAGGAUAAUGUCACAAAUAACGAAGCUGCCGAGCACAAAUCGUCCAAGCCCGCAGCCGCGGAGCAACAAUCCAAAAACAAUAGCAGCAGCAACAACAAUAACAAUGGCUCUGCUGAGGAUGGCGUCCAGCCAACGUCCAUUACGGCCAGCAAUGUGGAUGCUACACCGAAAAAGACGUCCAACGGCCAAGGGGACAAGUCACGCGGCAACAACAACAACAACAACAGCAGCAGCAACAACAACAACGCAUCAACACCGGCCAAAGGCGGCAACGGUAAUAAUGGUGACAGCAAAUUGCAGUCAAAGAGCACGAACGCCAAAAUAAAAAAACAAUUGAAUGCGUUGCUGGAGAAGACCGCGAAACCCGCAAGCAGCCCAGCAGCAAAUGGAGCUAGCGCUAACGCCAGCGAUUCGGCUGCGAUUGCUGGCAACAACAAUAACAACAAUAGCAACAACAACAACAAAACAGCUGAAAAGCGCCAUGCCAACAACAACAAUAACAACAUUGGUGAGACAUUUCAUCACCAUCGGCUGCACCAGCACGCCAUACCGCUAACGGUGGAGCCUGCGGCACCUUUAGAGCAGACUGAAAAGCUGGACAUAAAACUGGAGGAGUCGCCAGCGCUGAGUCUGCAACGUGCAGCUGUUGCAGCUGCAGUUGCGCAGGAAAACGGACGCAGUUCACCGUCAAAAACGUUACUGGCUGAAAUGGACUUUGAGAGCAAGCUAUCUGCCUCAAAGAUAUCCAUUGCAGUGGCCAUGGCCAACACAAAGCAGCAGCCAAGUGAAUCGGCCAAAAUCGAAAGUGAAUCGGAGGAUGAGGAGACAGCCAGCGAACCGGGCACCUCCACAGAGGCACAAGAUUCGCAGGAUAACGAUAUGCAAAUGGGUUAGACUUCAAUGCACACAGCCAGGCCCUAAACCCACAACAACCUACACCUAGCCAGUCAAAUUAACUUGUGCCAAAAAAGUCGAAUAUUGCUCAAGCACACGGCCAGCUUUCAUUCAAGAUUUGUUUAUAUUUUGCAAUGAUACAUGAUGUGUGUGCUUGUUAGUUUAAGGCAUUUACGCAUAUUUAUGUAAUUUAUUGAAUGUAUGUAUGUACUUGUAUGCUUAAGCACUAAUCUUAAGUAUAGGCUUUGUAAAUGUUGCCAUUAGAAACGCAUUUAAAUGU